AUGACCAAGAGCCCUCGUCCAGAUCUUGACAAAGCACCAGGACUUCAUAAGGCACCAGGACUUCAUAAAGCACUAGGACUUCAUAAAGCACCAGGACUUCAUAAAGCACUAGGACUUCAUAAAGCACUAGGACUUCAUAAAGCACCAGGACUUCAUAAAGCACCAGGACUUCAUAAAGCACUAGGACUUCAUAAAGCACUAGGACUUCAUAAAGCACUAGGACUUCAUAAAGCACCAGGACUUCAUAAGGCACUAGGACUUCAUAAAGCACUAGGACUUCAUAAAGCACUAGGACUUCAUAAAGCACCAGGACUUCAUAAAGCACCAGGACUUCAUAAAGCACCAGGACUUCAUAAGGCACCAGGCCUUCAUAAAGCACCAGGACUUCAUAAAGCACCAGGACUUCAUAAAGCACCAGGACUUCAUAAAGCACUAGGACUUCAUAAAGCACUAGGACUUCAUAAAGCACUAGGACUUCAUAAAGCACUAGGACUUCAUAAAGCACUAGGACUUCAUAAAGCACCAGGACUUCAUAAAGCACCAGGACUUCAUAAAGCACUAGGACUUCAUAAGGCACCAGGCCUUCAUAAAGCACCAGGACUUCAUAAAGCACCAGGACUUCAUAAAGCACUAGGACUUCAUAAGGCACCAGGCCUUCAUAAGGCACCAGGACUUCAUAAGGCACCAGGCCUUCAUAAAGCACCAGGCCUUCAUAAAGCACCAGGACUUCAUAAGGCACCAGGCCUUCAUAAGGCACCAGGACUUCAUAAGGCACCAGGACUUCAUAAAGCACCAGGCCUUCAUAAAGCACUAGGACUUCAUAAAGCACUAGGACUUCAUAAAGCACCAGGCCUUCAUAAAGCACCAGGCCUUCAUAAAGCACCAGGACUUCAUAAGGCACCAGGCCUUCAUAAGGCACCAGGACUUCAUAAGGCACCAGGCCUUCAUAAAGCACCAGGCCUUCAUAAAGCACUAGGACUUCAUAAAGCACUAGGACUUCAUAAAGCACCAGGACUUCAUAAAGCACCAGGACUUCAUAAGGCACCAGGACUUCAUAAGGCACCAGGCCUUCAUAAAGCACCAGGCCUUCAUAAAGCACCAGGACUUCAUAAGGCACCAGGACUUCAUAAGGCACCAGGACUUCAUAAGGCACCAGGCCUUCAUAAAGCACCAGGACUUCAUAAGGCACCAGGACUUCAUAAAGCACCAGGACUUCAUAAAGCACCAGGACUUCUUAAAGCACCAGGCCUUCAUAAAGCACCAGGCCUUCAUAAAGCACCAGGACUUCAUAAAGCACCAGGACUUCAUAAAGCACCAGGCCUUCAUAAAGCACCAGGCCUUCAUAAAGCACCAGGACUUCAUAAGGCACCAGGACUUCAUAAGGCACCAGGACUUCAUAAAGCACCAGGCCUUCAUAAAGCACCAGGACUUCAUAAAGCACCAGGACUUCAUAAAGCACCAGGACUUCAUAAAGCACCAGGCCUUCAUAAAGCACCAGGACUUCAUAAAGCACCAGGCCUUCAUAAAGCACCAGGACUUCAUAAGGCACCAGGACUUCAUAAAGCACCAGGACUUCAUAAAGCACCAGGACUUCAUAAGGCACCAGGACUUCAUAAAGCACCAGGCCUUCAUAAAGCACCAGGGCUUCAUAAAGCACCAGGACUUCAUAAGGCACCAGGCCUUCAUAAAGCACCAGGCCUUCAUAAGGCACCAGGACUUCAUAAGGCACUAGGACGGGGCUCAAUUGAAACUUUGAGUUUCAUAUGA